AGUUAUCUUUUCUUCCAUGUUACUUCCGGUUUGAAUUAUCGCGUGAUGAGUUUGUUUUCGUCAGAUUCUCCAUGUGUUCAAACGCAGUUUCCAGACGGUAGAUUAAACGAAGAAGCUGCGUAAAAUUUUAGAGGUAAGGAGGAUAAGACUGGGGGGUCAGCUGUACGCUGGUCAUCAUGGCUGCAGCGAGGAACACACCAGACCACAUCCUGAGGCUACAUAGUACCACAGCUCACAACUGGGAGGAGGAAAAAAACAAGUUUAAAGAUAUCCAGGAUGAUGGCACCAUGUCCUUCUUCUGGCGGGCACAUACAAUCACUGUCCUUGUGGUGUUCAGCUGUAUCCUGGUGUAUGUUACGCUGUUUGAAGAAGACACAUAUGAUGCUGAGUACAACAACAAAAGGGGUAUUGUUGCCAUGGUUCUGACCUUUUUGCUCUUUGGAGUGACACAGACCCCAGAUGGUGUAUUUAGGAGACCACACCCAGCCUUUUGGAGACUUGUAAUGUGCAUGAGUGUAGUAUAUGAACUGGGACUGGUUUGGCUUUUAUUCCAGAAUGUUUCUGAUGCCAGGGCCAUGAUGAAGCACUUUGAUUCCAGUCUUGGAGUCAAACUUCCAGAGAAGGCAUAUGGUGGAAACUGUUUAUUCUUUGAUGCUAAUGCCACAGACCCAUGGCAUAACCUCUGGGAUAAAUUGGAUGGAUUUGUUCCCACUCACUUCUUUGGAUGGUGGUUUAAGACACUGAUCCUAAGAGACUGGUGGCUUUGCACGGUCCUCAGUAUUAUGUUUGAAGUAUUGGAGUACACCUUAGAACACCAGCUGCCAAACUUCAGCGAGUGUUGGUGGGAUCAUUGGAUAAUGGAUGCCAUUGUGUGUAAUGGACUAGGAAUAUACUUGGGGAUGAAAACAUUGAAUUAUUUAUCAAUGAAGCCCUAUCAUUGGAGGGGCAUGUGGAACAUACCUUCAUACAGGGGUAAGAUGAAGAGAAUAGCCCUCCAGUUCACCCCGUAUAGCUGGACAGACUUUGACUGGCGGCCUCUGUCCAGUCUCAGACGAUGGCUGUGUAUGUUAGGUGUUAUAGCUAUUUUUCUUGUGGCGGAGCUGAACACGUUUUAUCUGAAGUUUGUUUUAUGGCUUCCUCCAGAACACUACCUCAAUCUGACUCGCCUGGCAUUCUUCCUGUUCAUGGGGGCGGCAGCCAUGAGAGAGACAUUCCAAUACCUAGAUGAUCCGUCCUGUAAGAAGUUUGGACGUCAAUCCUGGUUAAUCGCGAUGAUAAUCAUCACAGAAUUCCUUAUUGUGGUCAAGUUUGACUGGGAGACCAUCAGUAAGCCCCUCCCCCAGCACAUUGCACUGUUCUGGAUAGCAGGUGCCCUAGGACUUCUAUUUUUUACUUUCUGGAAAUUCUUCAUCUACAGAGAUGUUAAAAACGAUGUGUUAUUAGAGGAGAAAAAAGAAACAAAUGGUGUUAGAAAUGGCAAUGGAAAGUAUAAACAGGCAUCCAUGAAUGGGAAUGGCGUAACUCCAAGAGCAAGAUUACGGAAAACUAAUUAAUAUCUAAUUGCUUAUAUUUAUUAUAUAAAUCGCUAUUUUUCUUUUCUCUUUUAUGAAAACCUUGCAUUGCAAUGUAUAGAAAUCAGGCCAUAAUGUGCUUUGUGAUAUGAAUUAUAGACCUGCCAAUAUUUUAUUUAUUUAUUAUUGAGCAGUCCACAUUCUCAAGGUGCUUCUUUAACAGGUGGUUUUUCAAUUAUUUAAGACUCAAAAUUUUUUGAUUUUAGAAUAAUUAUUUAAAGGUUUGUGAUUUAAAGAUAUUUUUGUUUUGAGGACAUAUAUUAGUAUUAGCUAUUUCCUUUGAACAGAAAUAUUUAAAUAUAUAUAGUAUACAAAUUACGUAGCAUGAUGUAUGACCCUUUUUUUGUAUAAUUUAUGAUAUAUUAAUUUGAAAUCCAAAAUAAGUUCAAUAUUACAACUUUAAUUAUUCUAUGCUGCAAAUCAACUUUCUUUCAGGACUAUUUUUUACUGCUUUUUUUGAGGGGUUGGAGGAAGUGGGGGGGGGUUGUAUUUUUCAUUCAGGUUAUUUUAGUGAUUGUAAGAUGAAGAAAUGAAGACUUUAUUGUGGCAAUAUACUUUUCCAAUCCCCCACCAUCAUGAAACUAUAUGUAGGGUUAAAAGAGAAAGUUGAUUUAAGUACAGCAUAUAUUUAAACCACAAUACUAUUAAUUCCUUUUACUGAAAGGAAAGGGCCUAGCUCUGAAAGAUAGGUAUUUUAAUUCACACAUGUAAGCAAGCACUUACAAAAAUUAUCAGAUUUUAUAAUCCCCUUCAGAAGCGGUAAAUGUAUACAAGUUAAUGAACAAUUCCUGCAAAGAUUUUCUCUAAAUCACUUAUUUCUUCAUUCAUUUUCUUUCUUUUUUUUUAUUGCCUAUUAUCUCAAAGUCCCGUAAGUUUUUUGGUAACAUUUUAUAAUGCAUGUGUGUCCAUACAUCUUAAUUUCACAAUGGUAAACUGUUGUUUAAUUUAAGUUUAGUGUUAUUUUGAAUAUAAAAUUAUAUUGUGCAAAUAUUAAUGCUUACAAAUAGUGCCUAUAAUUGUAUUGUGUUUAUGAAAAACAUACCAUUAGAUGUAUAAUAGAUUUUAUAUAAAGUAGAACUUAGGAACUAGAUUUAUAGAUUUAUAAAUAAGGUUGUUUCUUAACUGUUAAGAGAAAACUACCAGUCUGUGAUGGAUUCUAACUGAGAUUUUUGAUAUUUUAGAAUGUUCAAAUGAAUGUACUGGAUAGUUUGGUUGUUUGAGGCUGUAGUAGAAGGUCCAUUGGGGUUUCUUAAGCAUACCAAUUAUGCCAUGUCCCCAAUAGAACCAAGGUCUUUUAUUUAUAGAAAUAUUGUAUGAAAGUCUUUUUUGUUGAAGUGCUAUAUGACCUGUUAUUCUGUUUUAGUUUAUAAUUAAUUAUUACAUGUAAGUUUGGGUCCUUUUUGCUCAACAUCGGUGUUCAAGGGCAUUAAAAGUGUGACUGUUCCAAUGUGCUUUAUGUAAAGGGGGAGAGACAUUGCAUCCUCCAUUUCUUUUCUCUCUGUUUAAUUAACAUGACAGGUAAAUGUUAUAGAGAUGAACCUUGAUGUCAAUCUGUUAUACAUCUCAUUUUGUGACAAUAAAAUGUAUGUCAGGGUAUAUGAUAUUGUGAAGUAAAACAGAACAUUUCUUGGUGCAAUAUUGAUGACAUAAUAAAAUAAAUGUAAAUGUUUAACAACUGUCAGGGAUAGUUAUGAACAGAUGUUCAAUCUGCUGGGGCAAGUAUCUCGGUUUGAGCGAGUGAAAUUACUAGCAUACUUGUUAAAUCAGGGUAGUGAAUAAUGAUGACCUUUAUCUUACAUUAGUUUGUAAAUUAAAUAAUAAAUUGAAAACUUUAUGUCUGUAUGGAACAGAAAAUUGAUUUUGCAUUUUGAAUCUCUUGGUCUAUAGAAAGUCCCAUAUCAAUGUCCAUUCAGUAAUACUUUUCAUGGCUUUGAAGUCAUCUCUGUUCAAGUAUUCAAGGGGGAACAUAAAUUUAAAAGACCCAAAUUAUGUAAAAAAAUGAAAUAAAGGAGGCUUCUUUUUCUUUAUGUGAAUAUGGUCGUAUGAAUUAAAUGUAAGCUUGUAAGUCUGUUUGUCUGGGGCUGGACUUGAAAGUGCACCAAAAAUUCAUUUAAAGCAAAAUACAUCAAAUUUUCAACAGGUAACUGAACUUGCCAAAUAGAAGGCAUUUUUGUUCCCUAAAAACUUGCAGUAAAAUUUUGCUUUAACUUUUAAUUUUGGGACAAUCAAGGUCUUUCAAAUAAGUCAAAAUUUGAGUUCACUUGUCCCCAUAUAAGAAAAGGACUUGAACGUUAAUGUCUAUCCCUGACAGUCUUGGUCAAUGAUUUCGCUGAUCUUUUUAUCUUGUUAUAAAUAAAUUGUACCUGUGUUCUUAUUCUGCUUUCAGAACUAUUUACCAUAAAAAACUAUAUUAGUUAAUUAUUACAUGUCUAUCUUUAAUAGAUUAAUUUUGACUUGAGUGUACCUUAUUUUCCAAGGGCUUUAAUUGUUUUUGAAGCAAGAAAAAUGAAAUACAUGUACUGGUAAAAUGCCUGAAAUGGGCAAAUUUUGCUUCUUUUCAUAUAUAUGUAAUUCAUUACAUCCAUUAAAUUUAAGCAUUUUAAAGCCACAAGGAAUGAAAAUCACUUGACUGAAUUCCUCAUAUUAAAAUUACUUGAGGGAAUUCCACACUUAUCUCAAUGAUCUCAGUCUGUCAUGUUUGUCACAGGUGUAAUUAUUGGAAAAUCAUAAAGCUAAUCUUCUUUACUUUGAAAACUGUCAUUUAAUCCAAUGUUGGAGCGCAGAAGCUGAAAUGUAGCUUAAUACCGUCCCCAUAAAAAUUAUUGUGCUUUUGAAGUUCAGUCUAUAUACAGUUAAUAUUGCUUGGAAUGUAGGAAAAUCUAGCUGUACUCCUACUUGAAGGAAAAAGUUAAUGUUUUCCUUUAUAUUAUAUUCUUUUAUAUUUUUGUCAGAUUUGAACCAUUGUGAAUUAUGAUCAUAUUAAGAUAUUUAAAUGACAUUGUUGUAAGCUCAGAAGUUUAUAUGUAGCUAGUCCUUUAUAUUUUUGUUACAGAGUAGUGAAUGUAGAAAUGAUUAAUAUUUUUAUUUACCGUUUAUACUUACAUUGAUUAUGAUGUAUUUAGUUCUGCACACUUGGUAGAUUUGGGUUAAGUUGGAUUUUUUUUUUCUUUUGGAAAGCAUUGUUACAAAAACAUUUGAUGGCUUUGGAGGGAAAAAUACAAACCAUUUAGCUAAACAUUCAUAUUUCUGCUAGUAUGAUAAUUAUAUGGAUUUGCAAACUCUGUUAAGAUUAUUGACACUUAUCUGCCAGUUCAGAAAUACAGGGUAGUUCUAAAUGUCAGUCAUUUUCAGUUUUCUGAAUGUUUUAUAUGACUUCUGUUACCAAAUGUCUCUUGAUGUCUUACUCUGUCACACAUAAAAGAUAUAAACAAUGUAAAUAAAACAAUUUGCAACAAUUUGCAGAAGGGGAAUUAAAUUCUUGGAUAUUUUUAAGAAAUCUUCCAUGUGAAUCAUAACUCAAAUUGGUCAGAAAUUGCAUUAAAUACAAUCCACACUAUUAUAAAAGGUGCUGCACAAUUUAGUUCUGUAAGAACAACAUACUGUACAUUUAACAAAUAUAUUUUAAACUAUAGGACCCAUAUUUCAAAGUAUGAUUUUUGAAAGUUUCAUUUCUAAAGUCACAGAAAUAUAUUCGAUCUACAAUUUAAAUCCUGAGAAUUGACAUAGCUAGAUCACAUAUAUGAUACAAUUUUGCACAAAUUAGUUGUUCCAAUUUAAGUUUGUUAAAAAUGUUAAAUGUGUUUAUUUACAUCUCUGUACAUGUUUUUAUUUCACUUUGUGCCUUGAUGAAAAUAAAUGUCAUAUUUUCAGUUAGAAAAUAAAGAAUGUAUAUUAAUUGUAAAA